GGCAGCGGGUGGGCUCGGACGACAGCUAGUACGAGAGUGGAUUUCGCAGAUCCGGCCGAUGGCCACCGCGAAAUCGCCGCAGUUCUCUUUCUCCGGCGGAGCACCGCCGCUCUGUUCGCUCAGAGGGGCCAUAGUCUCCGUCGCUCUCCUAACCUUCUUCUCGCUCUUCUAUCUCUCUCUUAACUCCCUACGAACUUCUCCUUCGAUUCCGGUUUUGACCGGACGGAUUUUUCCCACUCAGGCCAUUGCAGAGUACGGUAGCAGCGACCAGAGCAAAGACGGAGUUGAAUCGGUGAAAUUUCCGGACGUUUAUCACUCACCGGAGGUUUUCCGGUUGAAUUACGAGGAAAUGGAGAGGAGAUUCAAGGUUUACAUCUAUCCCGACGGCGAUCCUAAGACGUUCUAUCAGACGCCUAGGAAGAUGACAGGAAAAUAUGCAAGCGAAGGCUAUUUCUUUCAGAACAUCAGAGAGAGCCGGUUCCGGACCCUAGAUCCAGAGGAAGCGGAUCUCUUCUUCAUCCCGAUCUCGUGUCACAAGAUGCGAGGCAAGGGAACAUCAUACGAAAACAUGACGGUGAUCGUCCACGAUUAUGUGGAUAGCUUGAUAGCUAAGUACCCUUAUUGGAAUAGAACCUUAGGAGCAGAUCAUUUCUUUGUCACCUGUCAUGAUGUCGGCGUUAGGGCAACUGAGGGAGUCGAGCUUCUUGUGAAGAAUGCAAUUAGAGUGGUGUGCUCUCCUAGUUACAAUGUCAGUUUCAUUCCUCACAAAGACGUCGCAUUGCCGCAAGUGCUUCAGCCUUUCGCACUUCCCGCUGGUGGAAAUGACAUCGAAAACCGGACGACCCUCGGUUUCUGGGCAGGUCAUCGUAAUUCCAAGAUUAGAGUCAUACUUGCACGUGUGUGGGAGAACGAUACAGAACUCGAUAUUUCGAACAACAGAAUAAAUAGGGCUACUGGACAUCUAGUGUAUCAGAAAAGAUUCUACAGGACCAAAUUCUGCAUAUGCCCCGGUGGUUCCCAGGUCAACAGUGCUCGCAUAACGGACUCGAUCCAUUACGGGUGUAUUCCCGUAAUACUGUCAGACUAUUACGAUCUUCCCUUCAACGACAUCCUCGAUUGGAGAAAAUUUGCCGUCGUGCUCAGAGAACGGGAUGUCUACAGCCUCAAACAGAUUCUCAAAGACAUAACUCAUCAGGAGUUUGUCUCGCUCCACAACAACUUAGUCGAGGUUCAGAAGCAUUUCCAGUGGAACUCGCCUCCUGUUAAAUACGACGCCUUUCAUAUGGUCAUGUACGAGCUUUGGCUGCGCCACCAUGUUGUCAAAUACUGAUUAUUUCAUUUUUUCCCCACAGGUAUAACCACAGCAAGCUAAUAUAUAUGCAUACACCUUUGUAGGUUCAAAUCAUAAUAGCUUAUAACACCGUCAAUUAUAUUUUUUUUUUUGUUGUGGAAAAAAAAAAUCAAAUCUUUGAUUCUUUUAUUUGUCUUGUUCACGAGAAUAUGUAUUGGUUUGUGUGAAUCAGCAGCCAUUUCAGACUUGUGUUGUGUAUUAUAUGUAUAGGCAAGUAGUUUAUAAA